CAGGCAGGUUCCGGCCACUGCAGCUUUGCCAACAUCAUGGAUCCUUUCUAUACCAGUGGUGUCCGGUUUGCAGAGAUGCUUCAGACUGGUCUGCCCGGUUCGGAGGACUUUUGGCUUUGGGUGACUUUCUUGGGUGACCCGAAAUGCAUCUUCAUUAUUUAUUUCCCACUUGCUUAUUUCCUGUUGGACCAGAAAGUCGGAAUCAAAGUGCUUUGGUUGGGUUUAAUCUCCGAAUGGCUCAACUUAGUCUCUAAAUGGUUCUUAUUUGGUGAACGGCCUUUCUGGUGGAUGUUUGAAUCUGGAUUUUCCAGGAAGGGAGAAAUCUUUCCACGCCAGUUCCCUGCUAGUUGUGAAACGGGACCAGGCAGCCCCUCUGGCCACUGCAUGAUCACUGGGGCAGCCCUGUGGCCAAUAGUGAACACUCUAACUGCACGGAUAUCCCAGCACUCCAAAAGCUGCAUCAUGAAGGCGGCACCCUUGAAUGCUUAUCUCCUCCUCCUGCUGGCUGUGGGCCUGUCGCGUAUCUUCAUCCUCGCUCAUUUCCCCCACCAAGUCCUUGGUGGCAUCGUGGCAGGCAUCAGCUUGGGCUGGCUGCUAGAAUCUCGGGUCCCGCUAGAGAGGGCACUCCACUUCUACCUGUGGGCUUCCGUGUCCCUUUUGCUCAGCACCCUGAUGACAUACUGGACAUUGGUUGCGUUUGGCGUAGAUCUCGCUUGGUCGAUAAACCUCGCCACCAAGUGGUGCACCAAACCUGAGUGGAUCCGCAUGGAGACGCGUCCCUUUUCUUCCCUGUGCCGUGACACUGCCACAGCCCUCGGCCUGGGACUGGCCUUCCGCUCCUCCUACUACACCCAGCUCAGAGGCGAGAGGCCGGGCUGGCCUUCCAGAGCAUGGUGUGCCAUUCUGGCCCUCGUCGUCUUGCGUCUCCUCAGCGAUGCGGCGCAACCACAGGAUGUGGCUCUCUGGUAUGGGCUGACGUUUGUGAAGUAUGCCACCUUCCCGUGGGUGGUGGUCGCACUGCUCCCCAAAGUGGUCCAUGCCAUGACCUCCAAGGCGACGUCACCCCACAAGGAGUAGCUGGCAGGAGGGAUGACACGUGCUUCAAGAAGCCCCCUAGGUCAGGAGCUCCAUAGAAUCCGCCAUCUUUUCCGUCGGGGCGUUUCGCUCCCUCUUGACAUGCAGUAGAUUUUUCCAUCGGAGGACAUUCUAUAUUUUGCCUCAAAAAGUAACGCUAGUUCAUUCAGUCAGGCCGGCACAUUUUCUCUUCUAGUCUAAACAGCUGUACCAAAAAUCCAGCCUCCACACCUUGAAUUCCCAUUGCCCACACACACCCCUACACACACCUGCUUUUUGCGGACACUUGGAACUUUGGCUACCAAAGGCAUCCAAAAUCAACCAAGCUGUGGCCACAAUGGGCACCACAACUUCAGCUCGUGGCUAAACUACAGAGUUCCAGACAGUUCCAGAUAGUUUCACCCCCACAUGCUUCAGAGAGCUUUGUUUCUAGAGAUAAAAGUAGGUGUUGGAAAACAUCCCAAUUUGUGGCAGCACGCUUGCUUUUGGAAGGUGCCUGAGCAGUCUUCCCCCAUGUGCAGACAUCUCCUUUCCCCAGUUUUCUGAGGCUUCUGAAGAGGGCCCAAUAAUUAACAGGGACACAUGGACAGUGCUGAUGAGCAUGAGCUGAAGGGAGUGAGCUUGGAAAGAACCUUCGUCUGCAUCUGCACUUGACCACCUUUCCUCCUUUGCUUCACAUCUACCUCUCUGUUCCUUAGGAAGUAUUCUGUGGGUCCAAAGCAGACUGGUACAGCCUUCUCAGGCUGGCCACCUAAGCCUCUGCCUCCUUUCCAUGCUGGUCACCGUGUUCCUUAAUGAUCUUGAGUGUGUGUAUUAAAAAUUUAAAAAAAUCACGCCUGUUUGUAAAUGGACACUGUUUAAACAAUAUAUGCACAAUAGCACACAAGCCCCAUAACUGCAUGUAUUGGCGAUCCAGUGAAAUAGUUGGUGUUGGGAAUGCUAGCUGCAUUGAUAUGCUGGAUCUCUGGGGCAGGCCAGCGCCCCCGCCCCAACCCCCAGACAAUGGGAAUGAGUUAACUGCCUAAGGUCCUCCUCUGCUUCUUCCAAACCUUUACCCAUAAUAACUUAAAUAUUGUUAU